AUGACCGCGGCCCAGGAAACCGGCGGGGAUGACGAGAACCCCGAUGAGCAGCCCCAGGAUCGCAGGGCCCGGCCGCCGCUCCCUUCGCUCGAGGAAAAGACCCCCGCGGGUUUGAUCCGACGGUUCUUCUCCGUCCAGGAGCGACGCGCGGCGUCAUACAACCGCUUUCACGAAGGCUUCGACAGCCACCUCUCCGGCGCCAUGGGCGCGGGCGACUACGGCAGGCUCUGCGGAGAGAUCACGCGGGAGAUGGCCGCGCUGUCUCUGGAGGCGCUCGCGGUGGAGGAGGCACUCAACGCGGCGUCCCUCGAGUCCCCGGCCGCGUGCAUCAGGGUGGUCCAGCUCGGCGAGAAGGCCAAGCUGCGCAUGACGUGCACGCUGCAGGUGCUGAAAAAGUCGCACUCCGAGCGGAGGUGGAGCUGGCAGCGCACGACGGAGGAGGCGGAGGAGGCGGAGGCGGCCGCCGCGGCGAUGGCGGCGUCGGCGCACGCGAACGAGGCCGCCAUCAGGGAGGAAAACUCGAGCUCCAACGCGGGCUCAACCGGCGGUCUCGGGCGGCUCAACCCCGGGUGGGCGAAUGGCAACUUUCGCGCCCGGUGCGACGUCCCGGAGCACGCGGCUUUUGGGGGGUUCCGAUGCGGGUGCGGCGAACGAAACGACGCCGAGCACGCGCCGGAACCCACGGAGGAAGAGUACGACGGGGCGUGCGCGGAGGCGACGCGGGAGCUGGAAAACGCGGUGACGGGCAUAAACGACGCGCUCGAGGAGUUACGCCAAGAGCUCGCCGACUUGCUCGAAGACGACGAGUGAGCGACUCGCCGGCCUUAAAGAAUACUCGUGAAGGAUAGUAAUUACAAGUCCCUCUUCGGAGUCCCCACGCGCUGGAAGCAAUGCAAUGAAACUAUCGUCUCUAUUGGCAAACGACGAU